CAGGCCCCCGGCGGCCGGGCCGUGGAGUCCCGGGCGGUCGCCAAGAGGGUUAACCCAGAGUCGGGCGGCGCGGCGCGCAGAGCCAGCCCCGCGGCCGGCUUAUUGGGCCAGCGCGCGGAGAGACAGGGGUCUGCAGCAAAUCACGAAGUAAUUGAUUAAGGCGAGCGGGUUUGAAUAGCGCUGGCCCGGUGCCAAUCGCCUUUCAAAGAGCCCCUCUAUGAUUAAUCGCAAUGCAUUAUUGAUAAUCAUAAUUAUAGCAGGACACAUGCGCGCUGUGCCCGGGGCCGGGGAGCCGGGGAGGGGGCGGGCGGGCCGGCGGGCGGGGGGAGCCGCCGCCGCCGCCGCUCGAUUUCCGUAAUUUUGAGAAGAUUUUUUUUAGUAAUUUUUUAUUCUGCCCCAGCUGAUGUUUGAGCCAGCAUGUCGCGGAGGAAGCAAGCGAAGCCUCAACAUUUCCAAUCCGACCCCGAAGUGGCCUCGCUCCCCCGGCGAGAUGGGGACACAGAGAAGGGUCAACCAAGUCGCCCCACCAAGAGCAAGGAUGCCCAUGUCUGUGGCCGGUGCUGCGCUGAAUUCUUUGAAUUAUCAGAUCUUCUGCUCCACAAAAAGAACUGCACUAAGAAUCAAUUAGUUCUGAUUGUCAAUGAAAGUCCAGCCUCCCCACCCAAAACCUUCCCUCCUGACCCGUCUCUCAACAAUCCUGAUGAGCAAAUGAAAGACGCAGUGAACAAAACAGACCAAGAAGAUUGCAGCGACCUUUCAGAACACAAGGGACUUGACAGGGAAGAGUCCAUGGAGGUGGAGGCCACCGUUGCUACCAGCAGCAGCAGCAGCAGCAGCAGCACGUUGAGCAGCAUCACCAACAGCGCCACCCCAAGCUGCCACGGCGGCUCCUCCACGGGUACCUCAGCGAUCACAACCUCUCUACCUCAACUCGGGGACCUGACGACACUGGGCAACUUCUCGGUGAUCAACAGCAACGUCAUCAUCGAGAAUCUCCAGAGCACCAAGGUGGCAGUGGCCCAGUUCUCCCAGGAAGCGAGGUGUGGGGGGGCCUCCGGAGGCAAGCUGGCCAUCCCAGCCCUCAUGGAACAGCUCCUAGCCCUGCAGCAGCAGCAGAUCCACCAGCUGCAACUCAUAGAGCAGAUUCGUCACCAAAUACUGCUGUUGGCUUCUCAGAACGCAGACCUGCCAACAUCCUCUAGUCCUUCUCAAGGUACUUUACGAACAUCUGUCAACCCCUUGUCCACACUAAGUUCCCAUUUAUCUCAGCAGCUGGCGGCGGCAGCUGGAUUAGCACAGAGCCUUGCUAGCCAAUCUGCCAGCAUCAGUGGUGUGAAACAGCUCCCCCCAGUCCAGCUACCUCAGAGCAGCUCCGGCACCAUCGUCCCGCCCAGCAGUGGCACUUCUCCCAACAUGAGCCUAGUGACGGCGGCCGUUCCCACCCCAUCCUCAGACAAAGUGGCUUCCAGUGCUGGUGCCUCCCACGUCAGCUCCCCGGCAGUCUCAGUAUCAUCGCCACCAGCAUUCGCAAUAAGCAGUCUGUUAAGUCCUGCAUCUAACCCACUUCUACCUCAGCCGACCCCAGCUAACGCUGUUUUCCCCAGCCCUUUGCCCAACGUUGGAACAACUGCAGAGGAUUUAAACUCCCUGUCUGCCUUGGCCCAGCAAAGAAAAAGCAAGCCACCAAAUGUCACUGCCUUUGAAGCAAAAAGUACUUCAGAUGAGGCAUUCUUUAAACACAAGUGCAGGUUCUGUGCGAAGGUCUUCGGGAGUGACAGUGCCUUGCAGAUCCACUUGCGCUCCCAUACUGGAGAGAGGCCGUUCAAGUGCAACAUCUGUGGGAACAGGUUCUCUACCAAGGGAAACCUGAAGGUCCACUUCCAGCGCCACAAAGAGAAGUACCCCCACAUCCAGAUGAACCCCUACCCUGUACCGGAGCACUUGGACAACAUCCCCACAAGCACCGGCAUCCCCUAUGGCAUGUCCAUCCCCCCGGAGAAGCCAGUCACCAGCUGGCUGGACACCAAGCCGGUCCUGCCCACUCUGACCACUUCUGUCGGACUUCCGUUACCCCCAACGCUCCCAAGCCUCACACCCUUCAUCAAGACGGAAGAGCCAGCCCCCAUCCCUAUUAGCCAUUCCGCCGCCAGCCCCCAAGGCUCAGUCAAAAGUGACUCUGGGGCCCCUGAUUUGGCCACAAGAAACCCAAGUGGGCUCCCGGAGGAAGCUGAAGGGUCUGUUGUGCCGCCCUUCGGCGGAAGGAGUGAAGAGACUGGCGUGACCACCGGCGCAGCCCCAACGGCGGGCAGCAGUACUCUGAGCUCCCCAGUGGCUGACUGUGGCCCAGGAGGGGCCACCUUCACCAACCCUUUGUUACCACUCAUGUCUGAGCAGUUCAAGGCCAAGUUUCCUUUCGGGGGACUCUUAGAUUCAGCCCAGGCCUCAGAGACAUCCAAGCUGCAGCAACUGGUAGAGAACAUUGACAAGAAAGCCACUGACCCCAAUGAGUGUAUCAUCUGCCACCGGGUCCUCAGCUGCCAGAGCGCCUUGAAAAUGCACUACCGGACGCACACUGGGGAGAGGCCCUUCAAGUGUAAGAUCUGUGGCCGGGCCUUCACCACUAAAGGGAACCUUAAGACGCACUACAGUGUCCACCGGGCUAUGCCCCCGCUCAGAGUCCAGCAUUCCUGCCCAAUCUGCCAGAAGAAGUUCACAAAUGCGGUGGUCCUUCAGCAGCACAUCCGAAUGCACAUGGGAGGCCAGAUCCCCAACACCCCAGUCCCCGACAACUACCCCGAGUCCAUGGAGUCUGACACGGGCUCCUUUGACGAGAAGAAUUUCGAUGACUUAGACAACUUCUCGGAUGAGAACAUGGAAGAUUGUCCUGAGGGCAGCAUCCCGGAUACACCCAAGUCAGCUGACGCGUCCCAAGACAGCCUGUCCUCUUCGCCUCUGCCCCUUGAGAUCUCGAGCAUCGCUGCUUUGGAAAAUCAAAUGAAGAUGAUCAAUGCUGGCCUGGCAGAGCAGCUGCAGGCCAGCCUGAAGUCGGUGGAGAAUGGGUCUGUGGAAGGGGACGUGCUGACCAACGACUCGUCCUCAGUGGGUGGCGAUAUGGAGAGCCAGAGUGCCGGCAGCCCCGCCAUCUCAGAGUCUACCUCUUCCAUGCAGGCUCUGUCCCCAUCCAACAGCACCCAAGAAUUUCACAAGUCGCCCAGCGUCGAGGAGAAGCCACAGAGAGUGGGGCCUGGCGAGUUUGCCAACGGUCUGUCUCCCACCCCAGUGAAUGGGGGUGCUUUGGACUUGACCUCUAGUCACGCAGAGAAAAUCAUCAAAGAAGAUGCUCUGGGAAUCCUCUUCCCUUUCCGAGACCGGGGUAAAUUUAAAAACACUGCUUGCGACAUUUGUGGUAAAACCUUUGCUUGUCAGAGUGCCUUGGACAUUCACUACAGAAGUCAUACCAAAGAGAGACCGUUCAUUUGCACGGUUUGCAAUCGUGGCUUUUCCACAAAGGGUAAUUUGAAGCAGCACAUGUUGACACAUCAGAUGCGAGAUCUGCCGUCGCAGCUCUUUGAGCCCAGUUCCAACCUCGGCCCCAAUCAGAACUCUGCGGUGAUUCCCGCCAACUCACUGUCAUCUCUCAUCAAAACGGAGGUCAACGGCUUUGUGCACGUUUCCCCUCAGGACAGUAAGGAUGCCCCCACUAGUCACGUCCCUUCGGGGCCUCUGUCAUCCUCUUCGACAUCCCCAGUUCUGCUCCCAGCUCUGCCCCGGAGAACUCCCAAACAGCACUAUUGUAACACGUGUGGUAAAACCUUCUCCUCCUCGAGUGCGCUGCAGAUCCACGAGAGAACUCACACUGGAGAGAAACCCUUUGCUUGCACUAUCUGUGGAAGAGCAUUCACAACAAAAGGCAAUCUGAAGGUCCACAUGGGCACGCACAUGUGGAACAGCACCCCUGCACGCCGGGGCCGGCGCCUCUCCGUGGAUGGCCCCAUGACAUUUCUAGGAGGCAAUCCUGUCAAGUUCCCAGAAAUGUUCCAGAAGGAUCUGGCGGCGAGGUCAGGAAGUGGGGAUCCAUCCAGUUUCUGGAACCAGUACACAGCAGCCCUGUCCAACGGGUUGGCCAUGAAGGCCAACGAGAUCUCUGUCAUUCAGAAUGGUGGCAUCCCUCCAAUUCCUGGAAGCCUGGGCAGCGGGAGCAGCUCACCUAUCAGCGGGCUGACAGGGAACGUGGAAAAGCUGGGGAAUUCUGAACCCAGUGCUCCUCUGGCUGGCCUGGAGAAAAUGGCGAGCAGCGAGAAUGGAACCAACUUCCGCUUCACCCGCUUCGUGGAGGACAGCAAAGAGAUAGUCACCAGCUAAAGCUGCCAGAGCAUUUCCGCUCAGAAUGCCGCCCGAGGUUGCCUCCUGGCCCAGCCAGCCCCUUUACCUUCUGGCCCCUGGGACUAUGAACUACAUUACGAAGACAUUCUUUUGUACUUUGUUCAACCUCUAGAGUUCUAAGAAAGCUUAUUUAUUAGUGCUAUAACCUUGCUUUGCAAACAGAAUGCAAGCAUUAACUUUGGUCUUCUGUAUUUUGGACUAAAUACUAAUGGACUAGAGUGCUGUAAGCUUGCUGUAACAUUUAUGGCAAUCGCAAGUUGCCCUGCUAGGCGUCUUAAUCUGGCAUUAACUUAUUUUCUAUAUCCAGUUUAAUAUGAAUCUGGUGUUGAUGCAAUGCCUCCGUGAUGCGUUAGAUCCCUAAUAAAGUCUGUAUAUAAAUGUACACUUUGAUCCUGCUGGGAACUUUUAUCAGCAAACACAUUGUCGAAUCUUUCCAAACAGAUUUAAGGGAAGGACUUUAAGUACAGGCUGAACAUUUGAAAGGUUUGGGUUUUUUGUUUGUUUGUUUGUUGUUUGUUUUUGGUUUUGUUUCAUUUUUAUUCUAAGCAUCAACCUGCUUUUUUUUUUUGUUGUUAUUUUAUAGAGUUAACCAUUUCCGUUUUGAACUGCUAUUUGUAUUGUGCUUUUUACUUGAGUCGUCUUCAAUGUUAAUAAGUUUCUGUACAGUAAUAAGCACGCAGAAUUCUUUAGAGGGGAAAAAAACACAAAUGUUUUGGUAGUUGAAACUGAGACGUAGCAUUUUUGCCUUGUAGGGUAUAUUCACAGUAGAAAACGUGUGCUGGAAUUUCACAAUGCUGCUAACGAUAGCAUCUUGAACAACCUUCAGUGGAGAAAUGUAGAUGCUCUUGUAUAUACAAUAAGAAAUAUCACUUUCAUUAAAAUGUACAUAUGUUCCUUACAAGAGCAAAUGCUUCUUGAUCGAGAGCAGGUAUAGUGUUGGUUUAUUUUGUAUUAGGUAUGGAAGGAAAAAAAAUGGACUGUUACAUGCACUUUCUUGGAAAGUUGAAAGGGGGGGAUUCCAAUUUCUUUAACAUUUAAUACUUACUAACAACAGAGAUACUGUAAUUUUACUCAAGUAAUCAAAUACAUUUUUUUUUUGCAACAGAUAAAACAA